UGAUGUGGAACCCACCGUUGGCCAGUGAUGGUGUGGAAGACGGUGUUUUGGUACGAUUCUGGUUUCCGCCUUAUUUGAAUGAACGGCAUUUGCAGGUGUAUCCGCUUCUAAUCAACGUGGUAUCCGUAAAUGGAAUGCAAGCUCCCGGUCAAGAGCGACUAUUAGAUGAGCUCGCUGUGUUUUUGUCUGCUUCCUUGAAUGUGAUAACAAUGCGCGUGCAGAAUUGGAUUGGUCGAGCCCUAAUCCGCGUAAUCAAAGAAGGGAUCGACGGGGAAAUCUUCAAUUAUCGGCUACUGCUACAAUCACUGAAAGACCAUUACUACUACAUCAGAUGGGACAACAUUGGACUCGUGGGAGCGCAUGGGAUCCAUGCACAUCUUGCUGGCCUCUUAUUGAGAGAAGAGUGGAUGCCUUUGAAUCUCACGUGCGCCGCUCUACUCUCUCCCGUCGUAUCGUGGGCUUUGCAAGGUUUUCAAGAUGCUGCGCGGGUGUUCGAUCCGAGAGACGAAUACAAACAUUUGGAAUACGAUCUUACCAAAUGGACCCAUCUCUAUAGAAAUAAGGAUAUUUUCCUUAUCUACGGAACGGCGGACACGAUUGUGCCAUACCAAUCCACGGCAAAGUUUGUGUCCGCACUGGCUGAGAAAGGAGUACAAUAUAGCAUGCUUCCUCUCUUCGAUGCGGAUCAUGAAUAUGCCGAGAGACAGGACUUAAAGGAAUCUCUUCUCACCCGUCUGAGUGUGUUUCUGUGUGAUUGCCUAAGAAGCAAGGAUACCGCGCGAGCCAACCUUUACAGAAGACUACAUAUGGAGGGACCCGCAUAGAGAAAUAUGUGAAUUUCAAGAACAUUCGUCCGUCAUCUGGUCUCCGACCUGUUGCUCUCAGGAAGUAACUCACGCAGUGUUACCUAAUUCGAAUACGCACGCAGUAAAUAAAUUACAUUCUGCUGAGUCAAGUCUUCCACCUGCAAAUAGGCAAAUGUCAUUAACAUCAAUCCUUUCGGUCUGUACAAAUACUGUGAACAGUGGAUAUUUAUCCAAUAUAUAGUCUGUC